CCAAAAGUUUUCACCCCCCAGCUCUUAAUGCAUCUUGUUUCCUUCUGGAGCAUCAGUGAAUGUUUGAAUCUUUUUAAAUAGUUGUGUUUGAGUCCCUCAAAUGUCCUCAGUCUGAAAAGAUGAAUCUCAAAAUCAUACAGUCACUGCUGGAGAGGGUUCAGAUAAGCAAAGAUGCUGGAAAACUGAAGAAUCUGCAGGACCGUAAAGAUUUUUCUGAAGAACGCUGCUCAGUUUAACUGUUCAGAACAAACAAGGGACUCAUGCACAACCAUCACAAAACAGAAAGACAGUCGUGGAUCAUCAGGUGACCACACAGAGUAUUAAGAACCAAGGGUUUCCAAACAUUUGAAUGGGGUUAUUUUAAUAAUUUCAUUAAUUUUUUUUAUGUUGUGGACUAAAUGUAAACAUCUUUUAUGUACAAUACUUACUCAGGACCAAACUAAAUAAAUAACACACAUUUGGUAUGAUCUCUUUUAUUAUUUUUUUAAUUAUUCACAAUUUGACAGAUUCUGCAAGGGGUGCCCAUACGUUUGCAUACCACUGUAAAAUAUAAACACAAUUAUUGAUUAUUUAUUUAAAGAUAAAAAUAUGUGUUCACUAAUUUACAUUUAACAUCUAUGCAUUUGGCAGAUGCUUUUAUCCAAAGUGACUGACAGUGCAUCCAGUUUAUUUUUUAACAGUAUGUUUCCCUGGGAAUUGAACCCACAACCUUUCGUGCUGCUAAUGCAAUGCUUUUAUUUAAUCAUGUAUGAAAAAUGUUACAAGAGGGGCAGUGAAACAUUAAUUUAAUAUAACGUCUUAUUUUUUUUUCUUUCCAGAAUUAGAGCUCAAUCUGUAAUUGGCGGAGCUCCUGGUGCAAGAUCCUUGUGCUAGAUAUGCUGAUUCUUUCUCAUAGAUAACUAACUUAUUUUAGGGAGGACAAGAAUAUGAACUUGACUGAUGAAUUUGAUGUUGGCUGUACUUUCAUCAAAGGUUAUUUUGUACAGGCCUCACUCAGAGAAAGCCCUUAGAAAAUAACCUGAAACCAGAUUUAUGCACAGUUUUAAUAUCCAAAGAUUCUAAAUUAGUUGCUGAACUUUGACAGCUUGACCAAGGGCCAAUAAACAGUGGUAAAGACUUCCUGCAGUAAUGAGGGGGCAAACUGCUGGUGUGAUUAGCACCUAUAUGCGUGUGUGUCUGUAUGGGUUUGGAGGAAGUGUUAGGGAACCCUUGGCCUCUAAAGUAAGAUGCACCCCCCUUUCCCCCAGAUCCGAAGAUUGUUGUUUCUACACACCUUUGUGGGCAGGAUGGAGCACAAACUGGGAACUGGGAGAGACAAAGAGACAGAUCAAAGACGAGACCGAUGUUUUGACAGAAGUGCACAUACACACCUCUGUCCUCUUUGAAGUUAUGGAAAGGUAGCAAACCAAGGAUAGUCCUAGCAGGUCAUUGGCUUUGGAAGCUACAAACCUCGGGACAAGUCACUUUAGUGUGUUGCUCCAGUCUCAUGGUCAUGUAUCUCCCAGAGGAAGGGCCUCUGCUGGAUUUACCUUACAAAAUGAAUCAUUUGGCUAAUAACUAUGGAUAUUAUCCACAAGACUGUAAGGAGCUCACUUGCUGGACUCAACACGGCCUCAAUGGCAGGAUGAACAGUCCUGAAGCUGAACUGACCUCACUGCCAGUUCAUGUAUCACUGCAAGAUCGAGAGCUUUGGGAUAAAUUCAGCAGUAUUGGCACAGAGAUGCUGAUUACUAAAUCUGGCAGGCGGAUGUUUCCCAGCUGCAAAGUAACAGUGACAGGACUGAAUCCAGUAGUCAAGUAUGUGGUGAUAAUGGACAUGGUGCCGUUUGAUAACCACAAAUACAAGUGGAAUAAGGAUCUUUGGGAAGUGAAUGGUUCAGCUGAUCCACACUUACCCAAUCGGUUCUUCAUCCAUCCAGACUCUCCUGCGCCUGGAGAGAAAUGGAUGCAGUAUCCAAUCUCCUUUCACAAGCUCAAGCUGACCAACAACAUCCUCAACUCUAAUGGCCUGGUGGUUCUCCACUCCAUGCACAAAUACCAGCCCCGUCUACACAUAGUCCAAUCUCCAGAGCCCUGUUACCCUCAGAACCCUGGCAGUUACCUGCGCUUCACCUUCCCUGAAGCGGCUUUCAUAGCUGUCACAGCCUACCAGAACCAGGAGAUCACAAAACUCAAGAUUGACAACAACCCCUUUGCCAAAGGCUUUCGUGACAAUGGGCUGAACAGGAAAAGGUUUAGAGACAAAGAGAGCCAAGAGACCAAGGAUUCAGAUGGACAGGCCAAACAGGAUUUGACACCAAGUGAGCAUGUGGGACAGUCACAGAAAGAUGAGGAUGUGGAUGUGACCGUGUCCAGCUCCGUUGACAGCAGAAGAACGCUGAAUUCUUCAGAAGUGGCUUCCUCGGUCCCCCCCAACCCUUUCAUAUCAGCCUUCACAAACACUAGCACUGCUGGAGGACCUUCACCCCAUCAGACACACACCAUUCUCAGCCUCAAUAACAGACACCUGAACAGUCCCAGAGAAGCCAGACCCAGCCUCCACAGUUUGUGUGCAGCUCUGCCCGUGGCCCAGAGCUCCUGCGUCCAGUCCUCCACAGGAGACGGCCACCUCAGCACGCUGCCAUCUCAGAUCAGCAGCCCAGCCUCCCAGACCCCAGGGACAUCCAUCAUCCAGCCUCAGCCUUAUUUUCGGACCCCUCCCCAUCCCUCACGACAAUGUCCUGACAUGGAGCUGCCCCUCCCAAUGCCUCCUAAACUGAGCCGGAUGCAACUCCCCGGAAGUGCUCUGAGGAACCUGGAAAUGAUCCCGGUCUCCGACUAUGUGAGUCCGAGGCCCCUCACCAACAUCCUUAACUGGAUCCAUUCUCGAGCCUUAGCCUCAGGAACAUCAGGGAAGGUCCUGCAAAAUCCCCCCGAACCUGAGCAGUACCUCCGAGGCUCAGACCGAGAGCUGCAUCCGCAGAUUUAUCCAGUGGUUCAAAAAUAUAUUGAUCAGCAGUUCCCAUUAAACAGCCAGACUGAACACAGAUCACAGAUGGACUAUGUCAGUGGCAGACCACUAACUGAAUACUACUGUGACCAGCAGACUGGGAAAUGAGGUUUCCAGGCAUCAUCUAAUUACGGCUCAUUUGCAGCAAAGACUGCACUGCUCUGCAUUACUAGAUUACCAAAAAACAAAAAGACAAGAGGGCUUCCCAAUCAAAGAAUGUAAAUAUUAUUUUCAGUGGGAUAUGAGGUUGUUGUUAGCUGUCACUAAUGUUGUCCAUAUUUAUGUUUAGUCUGUUACUAUCUUUCUGAACUCUGAACUGUACGGUCUAAACUGCACAAAUCUAAAGUAAUGCAACUUUCUAUUUGUUACACGGAAACAACCAUUUCCUUUAAAGCUGCUUUGAAACUAAAUGCAUUGUAAAGGUGCUGUACAAGUAGAUUUUUUUGUUUUUUCUAAAUCUGUUUUUAAACAAAAUAAAAGAUUUUUAAUCAGA